AGGUAUGGCUGAGCAUAUUCGAAGCAACACGUUGCUCAAUCUGAGCACUGAUUCUGAUUUUUACACGGACUGGAAGCAAAUGUAUCAGCUGGACACCGAACAGACCAUCUCCAAUCCCUAUCCAACGGAAAAAAUGAUGCCGUCAAUUACUCGUCUAAUCUCGAAUCUUUCCGCUCAGUUCCGACUGUCGCACAGCAUAGAAUUUUCCACCAUCGACACGAUGGAAAUGCUGGUGGUCAGAAUAAUCGCCGGAGGCGAAAACUUCAAUAGGGACAGUUUUUUGCAGCACAUUCCGUUGUAUGUGGUGGCUGUGAUCAGUGUGGUAAGUAAACAUUUCGACGCUCGCUUCAAAUUGGACCGGCAGUUGAUGCUGCAGAUACUUUCACGCAGUCUUCCAAAGCUGGUUUGCUCCGAUAAAAUUCUGAUGGAGCUAGAAUUCACCGUUCUCAAACUAUUGAACUACAAGAUCAUCCAUUCGCUUUUGCUUGGCGCUGUAGAGCGAUUCUCAAAGGACUACAUUUUAACGCUUGGAAUUGUUCGAAAGGAUCGAAUCGCGUCGAUUGGAAUUAAACUGCUUCGGGUUGUGUAUGCCCAAAAACGACAGAUCUAUGAGAGCUUAAGAUCGAGCGUAAAAUCGGAAGAAAUGUUCGUGCGGUUCAAAUCGAAUAAGUUGAUUCUGGCAGCCGCAAUAGUCACCGCAAUUUUGUCUUUCUGUGAUGUUGACCAACAAAAAAUAUCGGACCUUGUGAUAAACCCUUUGUCCGACGAUUGUUUCGUGGAACCGAAAAACAUAGUCUACUUACGGGAUGCCAUUGUAAAUGUGUUUAAAUAG